AUGUUUUCUAUGUCCUUGCUCGCUGAAAAUGAACAAGGUGAAUUAUGGCGAAUUCUUGCGGCACUUUCGUAUUGCUCAACAAAACAAGAAAUGUACCAUGGCUUGACACUUUUCUAUUUUUAUCAGUCUUUUUCCUCUUGCAAAAAGAAUGCUCAAAUUAUUGUGACUCCUGAAGAUGUACUUUAUGGAUGGAAAUUUACCAGGGAAACCAUUUUUCCUUAUCUGGAGGGUAUUCCAGGACCCCAGGUGAACUGGAUUCCAUGCUGAGACCCCCAUAGGUUUGGCUACACCCUGGUGCAAGUAAAGCCCAGCUGCCUGGCCAAGGACAACUCUAUCUACAUUGUGGCAAAUAUUGGGGACAAGAAGUCAUAUAAUGCCAGCGACCCUCAGUGUCCCCCCAGUGGUUGUUACCAGUACAACACUGAUGUGGUGUUUGGUUCUCAGGGAAAACUGGUGGCACGCUACCAUAAGAUAUGCACAUUACUGAAGUGUCAAACCACUGACCUGAGAACUUGUGGGGAGCUGGUGGGGUCAGCUUUUACCAAGUUUGAAGAAUUCUCCCUUAGUGGCACAUUUGCAACACGUUAUGUUUUCCCACAGAUCAUUCUCAGUGGAAGUCAACUUGCUCCUGAGAGACAUUAUGAAAUUUCAAGAGAUGGACGUCUGAGGAGCCGGGGCGGAGCCUCUCUGCCUGUCUUAGUUAUGGCCCUGUACAGAAGAGUGUUUGAGAAGGACCCUCCAUGCUUAGCGCAAGGACCUGGGAGAUGA